AUGGUUCAGGGGGAGUGCAACCCAAAUGUCGAAGCGCUGCGGCAAACAGCGAACCGACCGAUGCGCAACUUGUUGAUCACGGGCGGGUGCGGUUUCAUCGGUAGCAACUUCAUCAACUAUUUCCUACGAGAAUACCCCGAGAUGGAGGUUUGGAACCUCGACAAGAUGGAGUACUGCGCGCAUCCCAAAUCGAUUGAGGUGGCGGACCUCCCCAACUAUCAUUUUGUCCAAGGCGAUAUUGCCGACGCGACGCUCGUCCUACGCAUUUUUGAAGAUCACGAUAUCGAUACCAUCGUCCACUUUGCCGCGCAGGCACAUGUGGAGAACAGCUUCCACCAAGCCCUGUUAUUCACCACCACGAAUGUGUUAGGCACGCACACGUUGCUCGAGUGUGCGCGGACGUACGGCAAGAUCGGGAAGUUCAUCCACAUCAGCACGGAUGAGGUCUACGGCGAGCGAAGUACCCCUGCCGGGGAAGGGGAAGUGCUUUGCCCUAUGAACCCUUACGCCGCCACGAAGGCCUCCGCGGAGUGCAUCGCGCGUUCCUAUCAUUCCACCUACCACCUCCCCAUACUGAUCGUGCGGAUGAACAACGUCUACGGGCCGUAUCAGUAUCCGGAGAAGCUCAUUUCGCGGUUUAUCAUGCUCGCCCUCCAUGGGCGGCGGUUGACGAUUCAGGGCUCAGGUGAGUGUGAGCGGUCGUUUCUGCACGUCUCCGACGUCGUUCGGGCGAUCGCGCUGUUGCUUCAGCGCGGUGUUCUCGGAGAGGCGUAUAAUGUUGGCAGCGAGGAACCGCCGCGGAGUGCGAAUGAGAUCGCCCGCCGCGUAGUGGAAGCCGUGCGAGGGAAAGUGGAAAGUGAGGGCGAUAAGAUCGAAAGCCACAUCGUUCGCGUCGAGGAUCGGGUCCGCAACGAUAAGGUGUAUUUGAUUAACUCCGAAAAGAUCCGGGGGUUGGGGUGGAGGCCGAAGGUGCGCUUUGACGAGGGGUUCGCGGAUACCGUAAAGUGGUACGCGGACGCGAUGGAGAGGAAUUUCUGGCCGUCGAUUGAUGUUGUUAUCGGCGAGCCGGAGGGGCUAAAGAAGGAGAGGUAG